UUUGCUGAAGUGAAGUCACCUUGUGACUUUGUUCCUUCAAGUUCGAGGAUCCGAAUCCCCGGAUCGUCUUCCUCAUCGCGCGAGCGCCGCCACCCAUCCCGCCGCCCCAGCGCCCUAGCUCGUCUUCCUCCUCGCGCGCGAGCGCCGCCACCACCGCAGGUUGAUCUCCCCUUCGAUUCUCUCGCUCCCGGCCGUUUCUCCUCCCAUCGCCCCACGAACGGAUUCCGCCCUUCAGCUCCCCGUUUCAUAAUCUUCCCCAAUUCGUAACUGAGGCGAAAAUCAAGGCUCUACUGGGUCCUCCGCCGGUGCUCGGAUCAAUUAAUUACCAAGACGGCGCCUUGAUUACUGACCCCAUGGAGGAAGACGACGAUGACCAGCGCUUGCUGCACAGCCUCGGCGUGACGUCCGCCAACAUCGACGACAUCGAGAGGAAAAUCCUAUCAGAGGCGAAAACCGACCCCAAGCAUGACACUGAGUCGUGCGUGCUGGCCGACGGUGACCAGGAGACGCUGCAGGGUGAUCCUCAGGCCAAACUGCACCAGAAACUGCGUUCCGUGCAGCUUGAAAUUGAUGCCGUGGCAUCCACCAUCGGAGGGGCUAAACCCACAGUCGGGAAGAAAAGCCGUGGAUUGGACAGCGCCGAUGCAGAGGAUAAGAAGAAGGGGAAGAGGAAGGAGAAUGCUGAUGGUAUUGCUCAAGAUGCCCCUCAUAGAGGAGCACUCCAGCAAGCGCUUGCCGCCGAACGCCUUAGGAGCCUCAAGAGAGCUAAAGCACAGAUUCAGAGGGAUAUCUUGCAGUCGGACUCUGGGCCGUCCAGCUCAGGUAACCAAACGGAUAAAAUGUUGGCCAUGCUGGUUGAAGAGGAACCGAGGCGGAAGAAGAAGUCGCUAAUGCCGCCUAGAGGGCCUAAAGUGAAGUCGCCACGUCGGUUGAAAACCGUCACUUAUAAUGACGACAACGACUUUGAUGCAGUGCUUGAUGGAGCUUCUGCUGGGUUGAUGGAAACCGAAAGGGAAGAGCUUAUUAGGAAGGGUUUGCUGACACCAUUUCACAAGUUGAAGGGCUUUGAGAAGCGCGUUGAACGACCUGGACCUUCUGGCAGACAACAUAAUUCUGCAGAACAGACUGAAGAAACCAUGGAAGCUUCUAGCAUUGCUAAAGUUGCUCAGGCAAUGCAGAAGAUGGCACAAAAUCGCCCAACUACCAAAUUGCUUGAUCCAGAGUCGUUGCCUAGGCUGGAUGCACCCACUGCUCCAUUUCAAAGACUUGGAAUGCCUCUAAAACGCCCUGCGUCUCCCAGUUCAGACAAGCAGGGCAAUAAAAGACAAAAGAGUAAGACCAAGAGGCCAUUGCCUGGUAAGCAAUGGAGGAAAGCCAACUCAAGGAAGGAAUCAUUAUUCGAUGAUGAGGAUGUUGGAGAUACAGCUGCAUCAGCUUCUGAGAACGAAGAUGAAGUAAUAGAAGGUUCUGAUGGGUUACCUCCUGUCAUCCUUGAGGGUGGUUUAAGAAUUCCUGGCUCAAUUUACACGCAGCUGUUUGACUACCAAAAAGUGGGGGUGCAGUGGCUAUGGGAGUUGCAUUGUCAAAGGGCUGGUGGAAUAAUUGGCGAUGAAAUGGGCUUAGGAAAGACCGUGCAAGUCUUAUCAUUUCUUGGUUCUUUGCAUGAAAGUGGCAUGUACAAGUCCAGUAUUGUUGUUUGUCCUGUGACACUUUUGGAACAGUGGCGAAGGGAGGCCAGUAAGUGGUAUCCGAAAUUCAAAGUUGAGAUCUUACAUGAUUCUGCAAACGGUUCAAGUAAAAAGGCCAAGAGAUCCAGUGACUCUGAGAGUGAUUUUUGUUCGGAUAGCGACCAGGAAGAGGUUACCCGUGCAAAGCCUGCAAAAAAGUGGGAUGCCUUGAUUUCACGUGUUGUAAAUUCAGGGUCAGGUUUGCUUCUGACUACAUAUGAGCAGCUAAGAAUCAUGCGGGAUAAGUUGCUUGAUAUAGAAUGGGGAUAUGCUGUAUUGGAUGAGGGUCACCGCAUAAGGAAUCCCAAUGCUGAAGUAACUCUGGUGUGCAAGCAACUGCAGACUGUGCAUAGGAUAAUUAUGACAGGUGCGCCUAUCCAGAAUAAACUCUCGGAACUGUGGUCUCUCUUUGAUUUUGUGUUCCCUGGAAAAUUAGGCGUCCUGCCUGUGUUUGAGAUUGAGUUUUCUGUUCCAAUUAAGGUCGGCGGGUAUGCUAAUGCAACACCAUUGCAAGUGUCCACUGCAUAUAGAUGUGCUGUUGUCCUGCGUGACUUGAUUAUGCCGUAUCUUCUCAGGAGAAUGAAAGCUGAUGUCAAUGCACAGCUUCCCAAAAAAACAGAGCAUGUUCUUUUCUGUAGUUUAACUCCUGAGCAACGUGCUACUUAUCGUGCAUUUCUUGCUAGUUCAGAAGUGGAACAAAUAUUUGAUGGUAACAGAAACUCCCUUUAUGGGAUAGAUGUCCUAAGGAAGAUAUGCAAUCAUCCUGAUCUUCUUGAGAGAGAACAUGCUGCUCAGGAUCCCGACUAUGGGAAUCCUGAAAGAAGUGGAAAGAUGAAAGUGGUUGAGCAAGUCCUUAAAGUCUGGAAAGAUCAAGGCCAUCGGGUUCUUCUUUUUGCUCAGACGCAACAGAUGCUUGACAUUUUAGAGAACUUCUUGACUGCCUGUGACUACCCAUAUCGAAGAAUGGAUGGACUCACACCUGCAAAGCAAAGAAUGGCACUCAUUGAUGAGUUCAAUAACACAGAUGAAAUUUUCAUUUUCAUUCUGACCACAAAAGUUGGUGGAUUGGGUACAAAUUUGACUGGUGCGAACAGGGUUAUUAUAUUUGAUCCUGACUGGAACCCUUCAACAGACAUGCAGGCUAGGGAACGAGCAUGGCGAAUUGGGCAAACCAGAGAUGUGACAGUUUACAGAUUGAUCACACGUGGGACAAUAGAGGAGAAAGUCUACCAUCGACAGAUAUACAAGCAUUUCCUCACAAACAAAGUACUGAAAAAUCCUCAACAAAGGAGAUUCUUUAAGGCCAGAGACAUGAAGGAUUUGUUCACAUUGCAAGAUGAGGACAUGAAUGGUUCAACGGAAACAUCAAACAUUUUUGGUCAAUUAUCUGAAGAUGUGCAUAUCAGGGCUCCAAAUGACGAGCAGCGAAGUGAGUUAUCUUCAGCUUUACCAACCAGCACAGAGGCUGAACCUUGUUCGUCGGGUAGGGGAAAAGGGAAGGUGGACCCUAAUUCUGACCAAGCAGAUGAAGAAUCCAACAUUCUGAAGAGUCUUUUUGAAGCUCAGGGAAUUCAUAGUGCGAUAAAUCAUGAUGCCAUAAUGAGUGCUAACGAUGAUCAGAAGGUGCGUGAAGAAGCAGAAGCUUCACAGGUGGCACAAAGGGCAGCUGAAGCUUUACGGCAAUCACGGAUGCUCAGGAGCCGUGACAGUUUUGCUGUUCCCACGUGGACUGGAAGAGCUGGUGCUGCUGGUGCGCCAUCCUCUGUUCGCAGGAAAUUUGGGUCAACACUGAACAGCCAGUUGGUUAGUUCUUCGCAGCCAUCAGGAAGUCCGAACAGCAAGGUUCAAAGUCUUCAGGUGGGUGCUCUAAAUGGCAAAGCACUGUCCUCUGCCGAACUGCUGGCUAAGAUUCGUGGAACGCGAGAGGGAGCAGCUUCAGAUGCAUUGGAACAUCAGCUUAGCACGGGACCGGCUUCCAACCAAAUUUCAGGUCCAUCAGUGAACGGUCGCGUGACUAACUCUUCCGGUAGGAACAACAUGAUUGUGCAACCCGAAGUCCUGAUCCGCCAACUGUGCACCUUCAUACAACAGAACGGUGGUUCUGCCAGCUCAACGAGCUUGACAGAGCAUUUCAAGAACCGUAUACAGCCCAAGGAUAUGCUUGUGUUCAAGAACCUGCUGAAGGAGAUAGCAACCUUGCAAAGAGGCGCGAGCGGUGCUUCGUGGGUGCUUAAACCUGAUUAUGAGUAAAUAUAGUAGUGGUAGUUGAUGGAAUCAAAAUUUUGUGGUUGGGGAGAGUUGAUUCCUGCAUAAAUUCACUUACAGGUAGGAGUUAGUCUUGAAUUUUACAGAGAUGGAAUUUCUGUCUCAAACCUUUUGAUGAUGUGGCUGACUGAUUCUUUUCUUUGGUAUGGAAGAGUUGGAAACUGGAGCACAGGAAUGUCACCUGGCUGUUGUUGUUUUCUCUCCCAUAUACUAGUCUGUUUCUUGGUUUUCCAUACAUGCAACAGCAUCUACUACCUGUGAUGUGGUCUUUUUUCAUGUAUCAGAGGGUACUGAAUGCAGAUAGGUUGGGUUGCAUA